CAAUGAAUAAGUCUAUUAAACACCGAUUUAGGUGGAUUUUUUUCGGGGCCAUUUCUUGAAGAUUCCAAAGGGGUACGUACCAUAACAUAUUUCGAGCGAUUUUUUGAAAUGCCAUUUCCCUUCGAUUUUCAAGGCCACAUAUCACGUGUUUAGCCUACGGCUAUUCUCUGCCGAUGAUAAAAUCUAUUAAUCUCCGAUUUUAAGGAUUUUUCAGAGGGCAUUUUCGUAUUCUUUUGUGUGAUUUUUUGAGAAGAUCAUUUUCCUUUAAUUUUGAUGACUAUAGAUCACGAAUUCGCUAUGGGGUUAAUUUUCACCAUUGAUUAAGUCUAUUAAGCAUCGAUAUUAGCGGAUUUUUUCCAAAUUCAUAUUUGGCAAAUUCAAAAGGGGGUAACAUCACAUAUUUCAGGUAAUUGUUUUUAAAGACCAAUUUCUUUAGAUUUUGAAGACUAUAGAUCACAUAUUUGGUCUGAGACUAUUCUCGACCAAUAAUGAAGUUUAUUAAGCAGCAAUUUGGGCGAAGUUUUUCCGGAGGCAUUUUCGUAAUUAUUUGGGGGAUUUAUUCGAAAGACAAUUAUCUUUGGAUUUUGAAGGAGAUUGAUCAAGGAUUCGGCAUGAGGCCAUUAUUCACUGAUGGUUAAUCUAUCAAACAUCGAUUUGGGCGAAUUUUUUCGGAGCCAUUUUUGGCAGAUUGUAAAGAGGUACCAUUACAAAUUUUGGGUAAUUUUUUCAAAAGACAUAUUUCUUUAGAUGUGAAAGACUACAUAUCAUGGAUUCGACCUGAGGCUAUUCUUCACCGGUGAUGAAGUCUAUUAAACACCGAUUUGGACGAAUAUUUUUCGAGGCCAUUUUUGGCUGAUCCAACGGGGUAACAUAACAUAUGCCAUAUGAUAUUUUUGAAAAGCCACUUUACUUAGAUUUUGGAGGUUACAGAUAACAGAUUCGGUCUGGGGAUAUUCUCCACCGAUGAUAAAGUCUUUUAAUCACCAUCAUGGACAGAUUUUUUUCGGAGGGCAUUUUCAUAAUUUUGGGAGAUUUUUUCGAAAUACCAAUUUCCUUGGAUUUUGAAGGCUACAGAUUACGGGUUCGCCCUGAGGAUAAUCUUCACUGAUGAUUAAGUCUAUUAAGUAUCGAUUUGGAUGAAUUUUUUCUGGAUCAUUUUUGAUAGAUUCUAAUAAAGUAAAUUACUAACCAGGCCCUGAGGGAAAAUAGCAUACCCUAUGGAUGGAAGGGCAAUUCCUACUACAAUUGUAGCUAUUGUAUACAGGCUAGGGCUGGAAAUCCGGUCCCGGUUUUUCGGUCAAACCGGAAACCGUCCAAUUUAAACCGUCCCGGUUUUAACCGGAAACCGGAUAGUAGCUUACCCAAUCCAGUUUGCGGUCGGAGCUUAUGAGUAAAAAACCGGCCCGGUCGCGGUCCAAUUUGGUCCGGUUUUAACCGGAAACCGGGUGACUGUCUAAUAGCCCAGAGCCCGCAACUCACAGCCCACAAAACAUCCCCGGGCCCAGAUCCCUCAGCCCGCAAAACACCCCCAGGGCCCAGAGCCUGCAAAACCCUAACAAAUCUAUCACCUCCAUUCUGCCACAGCGCCGCUUACUCUCUUCUUCUCGUUCUCUCUUCUCCAAUCCUCGUUCGCUCUGCUCUUCCUCCGGCCGCAUCGGUGUCUGGCCGAUGAAGACUCAGUCGGAGGCGACGACAUCUCAACCCAGCCCUUGAGGAGCGUCUCUCCGCACAUGCAACCCAGCCCUUGAGGAGCGUCUCUCCGCACAUGCAACCCGGUUAAACGAUGGCGACGGCGACAUCUCAAAACGGCUUUAAAACUGGCGGCGACAUCUCAAUCGCACCUGAUCUGGUCCCUCUCUCUUCUCAGUCUCACCAUCCGAUUUGGGACCGCCUUCUAUCUGCACCCUCAGUCUCGAUCUUGCCCAGAUCGAAACAUGCAACAACAACCAAGCAAGAACAAGUGAAAGGGGAGAGAAACAGAGAGGGAAGACGAGGCGAUGGCGACGAUGGUGGCGACGAUGAUUCGGGGAUGGCGACGAUGGAGACUGCGACGACUAGGAAGAUGCGGGGAUGGUGGCGAUGGUUGCGUCGGUGGGUGAGAGGGAGAAACUCUCUAUCGGAGAGAAUUAGAGACUGAGAAGAGGGAGAGAGAGAUUUGGCAAUUGUGGGAUGGGGAUGCUUGCUUUUUUGGUUUUGGGAGAGGAGGGAUUAAACGGUGGCGUUUUUUAGGUAAAGAAAAUAUCCAGUUUUUUGGUUGAAACCGGACCGGACCGGAUCCAACCCAGUCCGAUCACGGUUGAAACCGGGUCUCCAUCCAAUCCAAUUUCCAGUUGCAGCUUUGGUCAAUACGGCUUCAAAAAAACCGGGUUAAUCCGGUCCGGUUUAACCGGAUCAAACCGUUUCCCACCCCUAAUACAGGCUAACCCUUAGA